AUGGUCAUUUACACAUUCUACAAUGGGUUAAACUCAGGCACCAAACAACUUCUUGAUGCCACCACAGGAGGAACAUUAGGAAACAAGUAUCCCAAAGAGGCCCAACAAUUGAUUGAAGAAAUGGCUAAAGACUCCACUGGGAAGACUACUGAGAUUCCUCAAGAGAAGCUGAAAGAUAAGGUGCAAGACAAGGAGAAGGGGCCAGCUAUGUCACCCCUUUCACAUACUGCAAGAAUUCCUUAUACAGCAAGGUUGAAGAAAGACCAAAGUGAUGAGCAAAACAGGAAAUUCUUGGAUCUAUUCAAGCAGUUACACAUCAACAUUCCGUUUGUAGAGCCAUUGUCCCAAAUGCUUCGUUAUAUAAAGUUCUUAAAGGACCUCUUGACCAACAAGAGGAAGAUGGAAGAUAGUGUGGUCGUGGUCUUGGAAGGCAAUUGUUCAGCAAUGCUUCAGAAAAAUUUGCCAAACAAAAUGAAAGAUCCCGGAAGCUUCAUCAUACUAUGUGUAAUCAGAGCUUUCGGGGAAGAAAAAGCCUUGGCCAAUUCUAGGGCUAGUAUUAAUUUCAUGCCAUACACGUUGUUCCAGAAAUUGGGGUUGGGAGAGCCAAGACCAACCAACAUGACAUUACAGCUAGGCGAUCCCUCUGUUCGUCAUCCUAGAGAUGUUGAUAAAAACUCGGAGGUUCCAUUAAUUCUAGGAAGACCUUUCUUACGAACCUCCAAGGCGCUCAUUGACAUGAAUGAAGAUGUCAAUGAUGAGAUUGCUAAUGAGUACUUGCAUGAAUUUUUUGCAUCUGAAUCCAUAUAA